AUGAGACCUCGCCUACCUCCGCUGCGACUGCGGAGCAACGCAUUCUCCGCCCGCACCGCCGACGCGCUCUCGCGCCGGAGCGGCCUGGCGUGGACCGACGUCUACGCCGAAACCGACGCCGCUCAGCUGAUCUCCGUCGGAGAGAGGACGCUUGUGCGGAACGCGAGUGGGCCUGGCCUCUCCGCCUCGCUGGCCGCGCCGAUACUGAGCGUCGGGACGCACCGCAUUCGCUUCGUCAGCUCCGGCGAGGGGUUGGUGGUUGGCGUCGCUGCGGCGUCGCCCGCGCUGUGGGGAGCAAGGGCUUGGGGCCUGGGAGGCUGGAGCGGCUGCAUGCACGCGUGCCCGUCGGCGGUGGAGGACGGGCUGGUGGGCGAGGAGGUGCCGCUCGCGCAGCUGGCCGACGAGGACGGCCGCAGGGCGCUGACGAUGGUGGUGCAGGUCGGAGAGCACUCGUCGCGGCUCGGGUUUGAGAUUGCCGAUGGCGCAGCUGAGCCCUUCACGUCCAAGCUGCUGCUGCCUCCCGGCCCGCUGCGGCCGUGGGCGCUCUUCACCUCGGAGGGUGGCGGCGGCGCGCCCGGCGCCUCCCUCUCGCUGCUCGGCUACUCUGGGGAUGGCGGCCCCGGCUUGAACCUACCUCUGCCGGCGCAGAGGCAGAGCCAGAGGGAGGCGGUGGUGGGGCGCGGUGGGGCGGCGGUGGAGGAGCCCGAGGAGGAGGAGCUGGCGAUGGAGGCGGCGGAGCGGCUCGCAGCGAUGGCGGCGCCGGCGUGGAGGCGAGUGGAGCAGUGA